AUGUCUGUAAAACUUAAAAGAAUGAAUUACAAAAUAAUUAGCAUAAUUUUUUUGUUCACAAUUAAAAUAUGUUUUUGUAAUAUUUGUAAGCCAAAUUAAAUUUACUCUUUGAUAGCUUAAUCUUGCCUUUAGUGUUCAGAUUAAUGCAAUACUUGCUUUAAUACUAGCGAAUAAGCAUGCAUUACUUGUGGUGAUAGACUAUUUAAGAGCUCUGAUGAUAGUUCUACUUGUGUACAAAAAUGCUCAAAAAAUGAAUUUUUAAAUGAAAAUUUAGAAUGUGUGAAAUGCUAAAUCUAUGGAUGUGUUCAAUGCGAUAGAAACUAAAUAUGUGAUUAAUGCGACUAAAACUUUAAGCUGGAUAAAGCUAAUAAUUAAUGCGUUUUAAUGAAUAAUGUUUGCCCAUUUUUAACAAACUUUAUUUAGGGACCAUUAAAUCUCAAAUAAUGCAAUAAUCAAUGUCCAUAAAGCUUUUAUUAAAACAUGGAAGCAUAAAUUUGCGAAGAAACUGUAAAGUGCAUUUAAAUUCAAGAAAGCUAAAAUCUUUCUUUCACUUAGAGGAUUAUAUAAAUAUAACCAUUUAAUGAGGAUCAGUACUUAGUUGUAGGAAAUGCUUGUACUUUUGCUCUAUUAGAUAAUAAUUGGAAGGUAAUUAAUAUACAAAUCCUAUAAAAUAUAACAAACUAUGAUUAAAUAUAUACUUACAAUGGAGAUGAAGUAAGUAAAGAAAGUUUUGUUAUUGGAAAUUAAGGAGGAUGUCUUGGAGGCAACAGAUUAUUAGUGAUGAAUUUUUAAACAUUUGAAGUAGUAUUUGAGAAUAAGAGCUAUCACUUUAAGUAAAUUUCAAAUAUUAUUACUAGCUAUUCUCUGAUAAAUAUUUCUUGA